UGUAGAGAAAACUGCCCACAAUUCGCAUAAAUUCGCCUUUAAAUUAACUCCCACAAACUAUGGCUUCUGGAAGAACAUGAUUCAUCCCUUCCUAGUCACUAAUGGCCUGUUUGGAUACAUUGAUGGUACCAUACCAUGCCCACCUUCCAGAACUGCGGCCACCACCGACACAGCUUCUGUUGAUAAUCCCAGCCACUUGUAUUGGGUUUCCAAUGAUGCCCACGUCCGAAUGAUUCUCAUCUCCACCAUCUCUGAAUCCAGUUUUUCGCAUGUUCAGGGUGUAACAUCUCGUGACUUGUGGCUGUCCCUUGAAAGAGCCUACGCCCCGAAUAACUCAUCCAGGGAAUACACACUAAAAACGCAGCUGUUGAAGCUUCAGAUGAAGGCUGAUGAGACUUCUGCCUCUUAUCUGAGUCGUGUGCAGGAAUAUGCAACAGCCUUGGCCAAUAUUGGUGAGCCCUUUAAAGACAAAGAUAUAGUAAUGCUUACACUUGCUGGUCUACGAGAUGAAUAUAGCGGACUUAAAGCCAAUUUACUUGCUCGUUCACCACCUGUUGCCUUUACUGAAUUACACGGCCUGCUGAGUGAUCAUGAGUUCAUGAUGACUCGACAUACACCAGCCAUUCCUACUGCCUUCACAGCCUCCACUUUCUCAGCCCCACCUACGGCCAACAGCACUGCUGGCCUUCUCCCCAACCCGGCACCACCACAGAAUCAACUGGCUACUUUACAACAAUUGGCUGCUCAGCUAGGGUAUAACAUCAGCCCUGCUUUUACCCAAAACCAACAGCCGCAGGCCUUCUUUACCAACCGUCAACCAACCAAUUAUCGCGGUAACCGUCGUGGUAAUUCUCGUGGCAACUAUCGUGGUAAUUAUAACAGGAACCGUGAUGAGUCUCAAACAUCUGGUGCCCAGAACCGUCAACCACAGUUUGCUUGGGCCUCUACUCAGAACACCGUGUAUGGUCAUUGUAACCGGUGUGGUAUUGGCCACAUUCCUGCACAAUGUCCUAACAAGGCUGGUCAAUCUUCCACACGCGACUCGCCCCAAGCAAAUUAUGCAGCCUUUUCUGAAGCUGGGUCUACAACUGGUUCACUCUGGAAACCUGACACAGGAGCAAAUGGUCAUGCUACACCCGACCUUGCAAGUUUGGACAACUCUGAGGCCUAUCUUGGUAACAAUUUCCUUCAUGUUGGCGAUGGACGAGUCUACACAUACCAUCCUACUCACGGGCCCAAGUGAACAAGGUCUCUACUCACUUUAUCUUCCAAAAUUGAAGUCCCUUCCACAUGUUUCCUUCACAGCAACUAAAGCUCCGUCAGCGAUCUGGCAUCAACGCCUCGGCCAUCCCAAUGCUCGAGUUUUUCAAUCUAUAAUGUCUAGUAGUCAAUUACCUGUUUCCAAUAAAGUGUCUUCUUCUUUAUGUUCUUCUUGUCAAAUGGGGAAA